AUGUGGUACAGUUCUGCCUAUGGGUGUGGCCUGCACCACCCUUCCCCCCUGUGGGUGACCAGAGUGGUGAGCAGUAGUAAGUACACAUACCGUGUGUAUCUGGGUAAGCACAACCUGAAGGAGGACGAGCAGGGAUCAGUGGCCAUCGCCGCCGCCAAGAUCAUCGAACACGAGAACUACAACAUCCUGCUCAGCCGUAAUGACAUCGCCCUGAUCAAGCUGCAGACUCCCGUCACCUUCUCUGAUUCCAUCAUGGCCGCCUGCCUGCCCGACGCCGGAUACGUUCUGCCCCACAAUGCACCCUGCUACGUCACUGGCUGGGGACGCCUCUGGACGGACGGUCCAGGUUCUGAUAUCCUGCAACAGGCUCUGCUCCCCGUGGUCGGCCAUGAGGUGUGUUCUCUGCCGGACUGGUGGUACGUGCUGGCCACCAAGGACAUGGUGUGUGCAGGAGGGGAUGGAGUGGUGGCCGGAUGCAAU